AUGUCUCAUCGCCGAAUAUUGUCGGUAAAUGACAUAAUAUCGCAUCUUGAAGACAACGAUGACGUAUUGUCAGCAGAUAUUUACAUAACACCCCCAGAUAAUUACGACAAAAGUGAUGAAGACAGUGGAGAUGAGGAGUCUUCGAACAUAAAUCACCUGUCCAGGCAGCAGCUCUUAGCACAGGCUGAGUUUAGGGCUACUGUAUCUUCACAGUCUAAUUUAGAUAUUAUAGAAAGCGUAUCAAAUGAAGUUUCUAUAGAUAAUAAUACACACGGCGACUUAUCAGUACAACCACCGGCAAAGAAAAAAAAAAUGUCCAGCUACCCGAAAGUGGAGGAAAGUAGAUAUUCCAGUGAAGACAGAGAAAACAUCAGAGCCACCACAUUUCUUAGAACACCUAGAUACUCCUGGGCAAGCACAGGAAAUACCCACCCAGAACUUGGUGUAGGUGCUUCUGUUGUUUUAGACCUCAUAUCCAAAUUGCCGCCCGGUACUUACAGCUUUUAUAUGGACAACUAUUUUACAUCUUUACCCUUGUUGGAUGAAAUAAAAACAUUAGGACACGAUGCGACGGGAACGGUUAGGGCAAAUAGGGUAGAAAAGGCACCCUUGAAAGAAGCGAAAGAUAUGAAGAAAAUGAGCAGAGGGUCUUUUGACCAGUGUACAGAUACUCUGACGAACAUCACCCUCGUACGUUACAAUGACAACAAUAUUGUUACCGUUGCCUCAACCGAAUGUGGUGUGGAGCCUUUAGCUAAGGUAGAAUGUAUUGAUGAGGAUAUCCAUACCUACAGUCAACAUUUAAGUGCCCUGCAUGAUGACUUCAAAACCAGGUUUGAAGAUAUGCUGACGAUGGAUAUACCACCAUGGAUCAUAAAUCCAUUUGAUGAAACGGAAGUGGCCAAUGUUGUAUUACAAGAGGAGCUGCUCGAGCUAAGCACUAAUGAGGAGCUGAAGGUGAAAUUUAGAAAAGGCUACCAAACAUUUUGGCUGCAAGCAGAAAUACCCGAAAAAUAUCCUGGCCUGUGGGAAAUCGCAAGGAAAUUUCUAAUAGCUUUUCCCUCGUCAUACCUUGUCUAA